CAUUUGUCUAUAAUAAGUGAUCUUGAGGCCAAUGUCGAGAAUCUGGAGAAUGAACUCCAGGAACAAUCUCAAAGAUUAGAGGCUGAUAUAGCAGAAGUACUGGCUGCCAAGGUUGAGCAAGAGCAGAGGGCCAUAAAGGCCGAGGAGUCUCUGAGGAAAGCGCGGUGGAACAACGCUACCACUGCCGAGCGACUUCAGGAGGAAUUCAAGAGUCUAUCUUCACAAGUAUCUUCUGCUUUCAGUGCCAACGAACGGCUGCUUGUGCAAGCAAGAAAAGAGGCCGCAGAACUACAGUUGCAGAAGAGCCAGUUGGAAGAGUUACUGCAGAAAGCCCACGAAGAUGCCGCAUCAGUCCAAGAACAACACCGGGUGAAGAUUCAGCAGUUACUUACCCUAGUGGAUUUCAAGUCGAAUGAGAUAGAUAGGCUGGUGGUGGAGCUCAAGAGCAAGAGCGACGAGUUCGAGAACCAGAAGAGAAGUGAUGAGUCAAAGUUAAAUGAUCUAUCAGAAGAAAUUGAACAGCUCAAAGCCAAGAUUGACAAGCUAUCAGAUGAGAGAGACAAACUCGUGGAAAGGAAUGAGCAGAAAGACAUGGAAUUGGCUGCAAAUGGUGAAAAGGACAUGAUCUUGCAAGACAAAACUGGUGAAAUUACUUUGCUCAAUAAAGAGCUUGCAUUGCUCAAGGACCAAAUGCAGACAUAUUUGGAGGAGCUAAACACUCUGAAACGCUCCAAGAGUGAAAGGGAUGAGACAAUAGGGAAGCUACAAAUAACCAUUGGAUCGUUGAAACUCCAGUACGACAAUAUGAAGAACUCGUUGUCCACAAAGGAGGCUGAGAAAAGCAACCUUGCUUCUCAGGUGCUGAAGCUGAGAAGAGCCCUUGAAAGCAGGGAAGGUGCCAAGGAAAAUGGUGUCACUUCAGAUACAACGGAUAAUCAGCACACUAAUUCGAAGCGCAUCAAGCACGAUACUGUCAGCACCGGUAACGGUGAUGCCGCGCCAAGCGCCAACGGACACAGCAACGGCCACGACACGAGGGCCGCUGCUGAGCAGUCCUCAAAGGAGCUGGAGUCUCUAAAGGAGACGAACAAGGCGAUGCAGCAAGAGCUGAACGAGCUGCACGAGCGGUAUUCGGAGAUAAGCCUCAAGUUCGCGGAGGUGGAAGGUGAGAGGCAGCAGCUGGUGAUGACGGUGCGGACGCUGAAGAACUCGCUGAGAUGAUCCAUGGCUGCUGCUGCCUGCUCAGCGUUCACUCACCCACAUGUAGCUUCAGGAUUAGGUGAUGAUACCCCCCUCCCCUCCCCAAAAGGAGGGUUUUGUAUAGGCGAGCAGCUGGAUGGUGAGUUGUAUGGAGCAUCAUCAUCCGGAGACUUGCAGAGGCCAGGCAAGGGUCCUCUGGCCUGUCACAAUACACAGCAUGUAGAUCCGUUCCCCCACACAAUAAUGUUUCUGUGUUUUUUCCUCUUCGGCAUUGAUGUGUGCAGGAUGUGUCAGUUGUUGUGCGUGCCUCUAGAGAGAGCCCAAUGUGUGUGUGUAUGUGUGUUGUAUAAUUCUCUUGAUGUUUGGCUGUGCUGGAAGAAAGAAAAGUGAGAGAUGAAAGAAAUGAAGGGACAAUUUGAACCUUUUCUUUUGAA